ACCAGCUAUAAAUAGAGAGCUUGGGUUUGCCAUUAAAUCUCACCCAACAAUAACCCUCUAAUCAGAAGAAGAAGAACAGUAUCAACAAACAUGGCUAAAACAAGUUCACUUUUCUUCUCCAUGUUCAUUUGCUUCAUCCUCAUUUCGUUGGUCGCCUUUGCUCCAUCGGCUGAAUCGCAGGCAAUGUCGUGCGAUUACGACCAAGCUCAAGCAAUAGCACGAGAGAAUUGCAAGGGUCAAGACACAAGCUUCUGUGCAGCGAAAUGUCAAGGCUUGUCGACCGCAUUGGUAGUUGUUGCUUCCGGUUGCGAGCAAAAUCCUGCAGACGAAACUAACUAUUACUGCGUCUGUUGUUAUGCGCUUGAUAUUUGUGAUGCUGGAUCUUGGUUAUCAUCGUUUUCACCAAAACUUCUCUUUAAAGGCCUCGGUCAGUAAGAUGAAAACCAGUUGAUGAUCUAGUCUAGCUAGCUCAAUAGUCUUUUAUCAUUAAAUAAUGCAUCAAAUGCAACCAUUUUUGGUUGAGAUGAAGUAUUUUGAUUUUCACUUAAUUAAGUUACUGAUUUGGAGUUUGUUUCCGGUCAUUCUCAAGUCUGUUGUCAGCUUUGUUUCAUCUAUACAACAUUAUCUAAUGAAAAGUGGAGAAUAUCUAUUUCUUGUUCUA